AUGCUUGAACUCGAACGAAGAAACAUCUUACCAGAACAUCAAGCCGGCUUGAGACCAGGAAAAAGUACAAUGUACAACAUCCUGCGAUUAGAACGAUACGCUCAGGAUCGACUUCGAUCUGCUCGAAGACACUCAGCGGUAAUUCUAUUCGAUAUAAAAGCCGCAUUCGAUUCAGUAUGGCAUGACGGCCUGAUAUAUAAAUUAAAUGAUCUUCGACUUCCGAAGUACAUCAUCAACUACCUAACAUCAUUUCUUAAAAAUCGAACCGCCUCAAUCGAAAUCGAAAAUGUCCUAACCAGACAAUUCAACUUAGAGAGCGGUACACCACAAGGAUCACCACUAUCACCACUAUUGUAUAUUAUAUAUACGGCAGAUUCGAUGAAUGAAAUACCGACUCAUACAGAACAUGGAUUAUUCGCUGACGAUACAGCACUCUGGACGGCAUCGAACACCAUGACAUAUCUAUCAUCCAGAUUACAACAAUCCAUAGACGCAUUCGAAAAUUGGUGCAAGUCGUGGAAAUUGAAAUUGCAAGCAACAAAAACAGAAAUGAUCCACUUCACCAUUUAUCCAAGGAAGAAGUAUAAACAUCCAGUGGAAGUUAAAGUUGAUAAUUCAAUUAUAAAACCACUGGAUCAUACAAGAUACUUGGGUGUCAUUAUAGACAAACAAUUAAAUUGGCGAAGGCAUCUCGAUCAUAUCGAAACCAAGAUUGCUCCUCGGAUCGGUCUACUUCGAUAUCUAUCGAGAACAGCAUACGAACCCAACAGCAAGACGAUGAUCAACAUCUUCAAAUCAAUAGCACGCACAAUCAUCAUAUACGGUUACCCGGUACUAUUAACUGCUGAUCAAAAUGUAUGA